CCUCAGGCCGCCGCCCGCCUCCUCAGGCCGGUCCUCGGGCCCGGAGCGAAGGCCCCGCCAUGGCCGGCAUCAAAGCUCUGAUUAGUUUGUCUUUCGGAGGAGCGAUCGGGCUGAUGUUUCUGAUGCUUGGCUGUGCCCUACCAUUGUACAACCAAUACUGGCCUCUCUUUGUUCUGUUUUUUUACAUCCUCUCUCCCAUUCCAUACUGCAUAGCGAGAAGGUACGUGGACUGUUCGGAUCCGGCGACAAAUGCUUGCAAGGAACUUGCUUUGUUUCUUACAACGGGCAUUGUCGUCUCAGCCUUUGGACUCCCGAUAGUGUUUGCCAGAGCGCGUCUGAUUGAGUGGGGAGCGUGUGCAUUGGUUCUUACAGGAAACACCGUCAUCUUUGCUACCAUACUAGGCUUCUUCUUGGUCUUUGGCAUCAACGAUGACUUCAGCUGGCAGCAGUGGUGAAAGGGGAUUCGGCUCCGAACUCUCGUGGAAACGGGCGCUCUGUCAUUCGACAGGCAGCCCUGCCAAGGGGCCGGACAAUCAAGCAAGGUAGUGGGGCGGGCCCCAGAUUGGGCUACUUGCCCCUGUGCCACCAUCAUCGUUCGUUCCCCGUGUUCCUGAUGGCAUGCCGGACUGUGGGCCGGUUUUCAUUUCUUGGAAGGCGGAAUCUCGUCCCCUUUGCCCCUGUGUACAGUCCCCUUUCGGUCGGGUACUAGCCCUGUUUGGUUUCGUGCCUUUGUGCAGCGUCGGUACUGGAGCCCUUUGCACAGGUCACCGAUGAGUUCUGAGCCUUCCACUGCAGAGCAGCGGUUGCGGGCCGACCAGAGAAUUGGGGGGUGGGGGUGGUCUUAAAACCUAUUGGGCCAACAAUAGAAUCUGUUCAUAACUUUCUUUCCCCUGGGCUUCUUUCUUACCACCCUCACAACUGUGGCCGAAAGGAGGGUCGCUCGAUUUUUCCCCAUUCUCACUUACAAAAAGCUCCGGGUUACUGACGGGUCGUGUCAACUGGAUACCCAUAGCAGGAUAUAUCUAGGGUUGUCCAGCAACAGAGCCUCUUCCCUGAAAUUGGGGUGGGGGAGGGUACCAGUAGGUGGCUGUUCUAUGACCGGAAAAUCGUUUUCUGGGAUUGCUUGAAAGGCGUCUUUUUCCUCAGCUGUUUCCAUAUUCAGUUCUAACCUGGUUUAGGGAUGUCAGCCAGAUCUUUUAUAGAGAAGUUGUUAUUUAUCCUGACUGUGGUUCUAAGUGGCAAGAUUGAGUAGUUGGGGGGAAGAAGGGGGAAACUGACAUUGAAAUGCCAUUUUUUUUACACUUGUUUUCAAUUGUCUCUCUUUAUAAAUACGCUUUUUGGUCUUCUGUUUAUCUUUGAUGUUUUACCCCAGGAGGUAAAAUGGACUUUUAUGGAACUACUGAUGAAGAAAAAGUUAUGUAUUGGGGGUAUAUAUAUAUAUAAAACCUUUUCCCUGCUUCCUUUUUUAAUUUAUUUUAUACAUCCUAUAUAUUGACUAAGCUUUUUCGGUGUAAUUUAAGGGUACUUAAAAUCCUUGGCAGUCAGCAUACAUAACAGAUUGUAUAUCACUUUACGGCAAAGUCAGAGUGUUGUGGUUUCUGCAAGUCAGACUGAAGUGAUUUCACAGGGACUUUUGUCAGUCCUGCAGUAACGAUCCUUGUUUAGUUCAGUCAUUGUUCUUGUCUUGUGAGGUUUUCCCUCAUGUAAUUGAGACUAUUUAUUACAGGUUUCCUGCAGCCCUCUCAGCUAGCUGAUUUCCCCCGCCCUUUAACUCAUUUUGGGCUGCUGUUUCAUUUUGGGUGUUCCUAUGUUGCACACCCAGUGGGGAAGUUAGUGCAGAGAGGCUAGGCGUGGCUGCCUCCUUCAGAUAAAAACUUGACCAAAAUUUCUCUUCUUCAUAGUAAACAUGGGUCCCCACGUUGGUCGGGUUGUGGGUGGGCAGGAGGGUGGGGGGUGGGGGGGUGUCAACUUGAUUCUGAUCCAUUCAGGCUUUGCUGGGCAAUUAUUAUGUGUCUGCUGUACGCUCCAAAAUGUAAACAAAAGACAGUUCGCUCAAGAACUAGGAAGGCAGAAUUGUGAUAGAUUUGGGGUUUCUGAGUGUUUUUUAAGAAUUUGAUUCCUGAAGGUGGGGAGAACAUCUUGGCUGCAUUUGGUUGCUGACGGUCCAGUGGCACCGAGUGUCUUAACUUAGCCUGGACCUUUUGUGACAGCGAGAAAGGAGAUCUCACAGUGGCUGAGAGCAGAGCUGAGGUGGAACAUCUAGCGCCAGUUUGCAUGUGGCUGGCUGGGCUGGGAGCUGCUUGCGAAGCUAAAUGCGCUCGAUCCAUGGAGCCCAUCCCGAGAAGGUCAUCGGUCUGAAUCGGCUCUUCCGACCGCCCGCCCUCCCUGAGACCCAUCCAGUCCCGUGUUUGGGAAUUCCAGGUUCCACUCCAUGCUCCUGGGCAUCACUCUCCCCGCAGUACGCUGUGACAGUGCCCUCCUGGGACCUCGGCCUUCAUGUCACCGGCCCCGCUGACCCACUGCCGGGAGGCGUUGGUAGGGUGCCGCCCCCUCUCCCCUUCCCCCGACCCCCCAGGGGCCUUGCGGUCUGGGAAUCGGAAGCUAGGGUCCCGGGUGGCGUGAUCUUUCACCACAGGAUAGGCACUGAUAUAGCAUUGCCACCCUUCUCUCGAAAGAACAUUUUAAUGAUGAAACAAUAAAGAUUUUAAAUAUC